AUUGCAAUGCGAACAACUGAAAAAAACAGUUCUCUGAUUCUUCUGUUUUUUUUUUGUUUUAUUUAUCUGUCUUUACAAAAACAAUGGCCGAAGUAACGUUUUCUGUGACUAAUCGUAAAGGGAAGGUUUUGAUCCAUAACGGGUACGAAUACAUCGAAGCGUGGAAACGUGCUGAUGUUAAGACGGAAGACUGUCAAACUUGGCGUUGCAGAGAUAACACUCGUUGUAAGGCCCGUCUAUUUUACGUUAAUGGCAAAGUAACUGAGCGCGACCAGCAUUCCCACGCUCCCGACGUUGUGAAGGUCAACGCGAAUUCCGCAAGACAAGUGCUGAAAGCGCGUGCAGCCACAACACUAGAAAGACCACGCCAAAUCAUUGAUGAAGUUCGCGCUGAUAUCCCGCUGAUUGUUGCCGUUCAAAUGACAUCGUAUGAUGCCCUUGCCCAAACCAUUGUACGCCAGAGAAAAGCUGCAGGUGUACCUGGCACACGCGUAAGCACCUUGGCAGAUAUUGAUGAAAGUUAUUUUUUAAAAGAAAAUGCGCGUGGGGAGUCGAUACUUGUUGCCGACACUGGACGGGAAGAUGAGCACCGCAUUAUUGUUUUUGGUGGUUCCAAAUGCUUUGAUCAUCUGGCAAAUUCUGCUGUUUGGCUCAGCGAUGGAACAUUCAGCGUGAGCCCGCCUAUCUUUACGCACCUGUACACUGUCCACGGCAAUGUAUGCGGAUCAACGGUUCCCCUAAUCUACGGAUUACUGCCAAAUAAGUGCGAGCUCACAUACCGCCGCUUUUUUAACAUUAUUCGUGACCAGUUGGUGGGGAAAAGUGGACAGGGCACGUUUAGUCCUGAAUAUAUGAUCAUGGAUUUUGAGCAGUCAUCGAUCAUCGCAUUUCGGGCGGUUUUUCCGGUUUCGAAAUUACGAGGUUGCAACUUUCAUUUUGGUCAGAGUGUUUACCGAAAGCUUGGCAACCUGGGACUGGGACCCGCUUAUGCAACUGACCCUGAAUUUAGCCUGUCCUGUCGCAUGCUGUUUGCGCUUGCAUUUGUUCCGGUCAGGGAUGUUCAACGCGUUCUGGCGGAGCUGUUGAAGAUACCAGAAUUUCCGUUCAAGCAAGGCGAUGCCUUCAUUGAUUAUUUACGAACGAUAUACAUUGGGCAUACCGCAUUUUCAAUUCCAGCGAACAAAUGCAUCGCCACCAAACCUUUGUUUCCAGUGGAAUUCUGGAGCUGUUGGGACAGACUGGAAAACGAUGUUCAUCGCACUACCAACCGCCUCGAAGCGUGGCAUCGCGCCUUUUCAGAUGCUGUGAAUAAAGAUCAUCCUGGCAUAUAUGCAUUUCAUGACCUUCUGGCACGGGAAAUUUCACACCAGCAAACAGAGGUUGCGUUGCGAAUGGCAGGUGCUGAACCAAAGCAGAAGAAAAAGUAUGUUGAGGUCACCAGGCGCCUUAAGAAAGUCGCUUUGAGCUACGGACAGAUGGACAGUGCGGACUACUUGAGAUCGGUGGCUACAAACCUAGAAAUACUGCUGUGAAAACGGGGUGAACCAUUGUAAUUUGUUUUGUGUGACCUAUUACAUAUUGUGUACAGUUAAUUGCUAAGUGUCCAGCGUAUUUGCAUUUACGUAUAUCAUUAUAUGAUUAUAUCGGCGUUGCCGGUAUACGUAACUGGCUAGCGUUCAUAAUUUCCAAUUUUCUGUUAUUUCCAAUUUCCAUUUUUCUGUUUUCCAAUUUCUGUUAGUUUCUUUUGUUUGUUGCAUUUUCACUAGUAAUUAAGCUGUGUACGCGAUAGUAAUGUACGCGAUUGUAAUGU